GUUAUGCAAUGGUCUCUGCAAGAUGUCAUGUUCUUGAGUUGGAGCUUUUUAAGGCAAGCAUAUGCUGGUACUUCAACUUAACUAAGUGGACUAUAAUUUCUUCUCUCACAUCAACUACAUAAGCAGACAAAAUUGCAAAGAUCUGCCCUGUGUCGAGUAUGACAGCCACGACUCGUGGCUCUCCGGUAGGAGGGAAUGAUAGCCAGGGCCAGGCUCCUGAUGGACAGUCCCAGCCUCCCCUCCAGCAGAAUCAGACUUCUUCACCUGAUUCUUCCAAUGAGAACUCCCCAGCUACCCCACCUGAUGAGCAGGGCCAAGCUGAUGCUCCACCCCAGCUUGAAGAUGAGGAGCCUGCAUUUCCACACACAGACCUGGCAAAGUUGGAUGACAUGAUCAACAGGCCUCGAUGGGUUGUACCUGUAUUGCCGAAGGGGGAAUUAGAAGUUCUUCUAGAAGCUGCUAUUGACCUAAGUAAAAAAGGCCUUGAUGUAAAAAGUGAAGCAUGCCAGCGAUUUUUUCGAGAUGGGUUAACAAUAUCCUUCACAAAAAUCCUUACAGAUGAGGCAGUGAGCGGCUGGAAGUUUGAGAUUCAUAGAUGUAUUAUUAACAACACUCAUCGACUAGUGGAACUAUGUGUGGCCAAGCUGUCCCAAGAUUGGUUUCCCCUUCUUGAACUUCUUGCCAUGGCCUUAAAUCCUCACUGCAAAUUCCAUCUAUAUAAUGGUACUCGUCCCUCAGAAACAGUUCCUGCAGGAGUCCAGCUCGCUGAAGAUGAACUUUAUGCCCGUCCUCCUGACCCACGAUCACCAAAGGGUUGGCUUGUAGAUCUCAUCAACAAGUUUGGCACAUUAAAUGGAUUUCAGAUCUUGCAUGAUCGCUUCAUGAGUGGAUCAGCAUUGAAUGUUCAGAUCAUUGCAGCUCUCAUCAAGCCAUUUGGACAAUGUUUUGAAUUUCUAACAUUACAUACAGUGAAGAAAUAUUUCCUUCCAAUUAUAGAAAUGGUUCCACAAUUUUUAGAAAAUUUAACAGAUGAUGAACUGAAAAAAGAAGCAAAGAAUGAAGCCAAAAAUGAUGCUCUGUCAAUGAUAAUCAAAUCUCUAAAGAACUUAGCUUCAAGAGUUCCAGGACAAGAAGAAACUGUAAAAAAUUUAGAAAUAUUUAGGUUAAAAAUGAUACUUAGGUUGUUACAAAUUUCCUCUUUCAAUGGUAAAAUGAAUGCACUAAAUGAAGUUAACAAAGUAAUAUCCAGUGUGUCAUACUAUACUCAUCGACAUGGUAAUCCUGAAGAGGAAGAGUGGCUUACAGCUGAAAGAAUGGCAGAAUGGAUCCAGCAGAACAAUAUUUUAUCAAUUGUGUUGAGAGAUAGUCUUCAUCAACCUCAAUAUGUAGAGAAGUUAGAGAAAAUUCUCCGUUUUGUCAUCAAAGAGAAAGCCCUUACUUUGCAGGAUCUUGACAACAUUUGGGCUGCACAGGCAGGAAAACAUGAAGCCAUUGUAAAAAAUGUACAUGAUCUCCUCGCAAAAUUAGCUUGGGAUUUCUCUCCUGAACAGCUUGAUCACCUAUUUGAUUGUUUUAAGGCAAGUUGGACGAAUGCAAGCAAGAAACAGCGUGAGAAACUGCUUGAGUUAAUUCGCCGCCUUGCAGAGGAUGACAAGGAUGGUGUGAUGGCACACAAAGUGCUGAACCUGUUGUGGAAUUUGGCUCACAGUGAUGAUGUACCAGUUGAUAUCAUGGACCAGGCUCUUAGUGCCCAUAUUAAAAUCUUAGAUUACAGCUGUUCACAGGAUCGAGAUACACAAAAGAUCCAGUGGAUAGAUCGUUUUAUAGAAGAACUUCGCACAAAUGAUAAAUGGGUCAUUCCUGCACUGAAACAAAUUAGAGAAAUUUGCAGUUUGUUUGGUGAAGCACCACAGAACUUGAGUCAAACUCAGCGAAGUCCCCACGUGUUUUACCGACAUGACUUAAUCAAUCAACUUCAGCACAAUCACGCCCUAGUUACAUUGGUUGCAGAAAAUCUCUCUGCCUAUAUGGAAAGCAUGAGGCAGUAUGCUAAAGAGCAUGGGGAAUAUGAUCCUCAAACUGUAAGGCCAGGAAGCAGAUACAGUCACGUGCAGGAAGUACAGGAGCGACUCAACUUCUUACGAUUUUUAUUGAAGGAUGGUCAGCUGUGGCUCUGUGCCCCUCAGGCGAAGCAAAUAUGGAAGUGUUUAGCUGAAAAUGCGGUUUAUCUUUGUGAUCGCGAAGCCUGUUUUAAAUGGUAUUCCAAACUAAUGGGGGAUGAACCAGACUUAGACCCUGACAUUAAUAAGGACUUCUUUGAAAAUAAUGUGCUUCAGCUGGAUCCUUCCCUAUUAACAGAAAAUGGAAUGAAAUGUUUUGAACGUUUCUUCAAAGCUGUGAACUGUCGGGAAGGAAAGCUAGUAGCAAAGAGAAGAGCCUACAUGAUGGAUGAUCUGGAAUUAAUAGGAUUAGACUACCUUUGGAGGGUUGUGAUUCAGGGAAAUGAUGACAUCGCCAACAGAGCAAUAGACCUUCUUAAAGAGAUCUAUACUAAUCUUGGCCCAAGGUUACAAGUUAAUCAGGUAGUGAUUCAUGAAGACUUCAUUCAGUCCUGUUUCGAUCGUCUAAAAGCCUCCUAUGAUACUUUAUGUGUGUUGGAUGGAGAUAAAGACAGUAUAAAUUGUGCAAGACAAGAAGCAAUACGGAUGGUGAGAGUGUUGACUGUUUUAAGAGAAUAUAUAAACGAAUGUGACAGUGAUUACCAUGAAGAGAGAACUAUUCUACCUAUGUCAAGAGCUUUCCGUGGUAAACAUAUCACCCUGGUAGUUCGUUUUCCCAACCAAGGCCGACAGGUGGAAGAUUUGGACAUUUGGUCUCACACGAACGACACCAUUGGCCAAGUGCGGCGUUGCAUCCUCAACCGCAUCAAAGCCAACAGUGCACACACGAAAGUGGAGCUGUUCAUUGGUGGGGAGCUGGUGGACCCUGCAGAUGACAGAAAACUCAUUGGGCAGCUGAACCUCAAAGACAAAACGCUAAUUACGGCUAAGCUCACACAGAUAAAUUCUAAUAUGCCCUCAAGUCCAGAUAGUUCUUCUGACUCUUCAACUGGUUCUCCGGGCAACCACGGCAAUCACUACAGCGAUGGGCCAAAUCCAGAAGUUGAAAGCUGUUUGCCUGGAGUGAUCAUGUCACUGCAUCCUCGGUACAUCUCUUUUCUUUGGCAAGUUGCAGACCUGGGCAGUAGCCUAAAUAUGCCACCCCUUAGAGAUGGAGCUCGUGUUCUAAUGAAGCUCAUGCCACCAGAUAACACUACAGUUGAGAAACUAAGAGCUAUUUGUUUAGAUCACGCAAAGCUUGGGGAAAGCAGCCUUAGUCCAUCCCUUGAUUCGCUAUUCUUUGGUCCUUCUGCCUCACAAGUGCUGUACCUAACAGAGGUAGUUUAUGCCUUGUUAAUGCCUGCCAGUGCACCCCUGGGAGAAGAUGCCAGUGACUUCCAAUACAACUUCUUAAAAAGUGGGGGUUUGCCUCUUGUGUUGAGCAUGCUGACCAGAAAUAACUUCCUACCAAAUGCAGAUAUGGAAACUCGAAGGGGUGCCUACCUUAACGCUCUGAAAAUAGCCAAAUUGUUGCUAACAGCCAUUGGAUAUGGCCACGUUCGGGCUGUGGCAGAAGCUUGUCAGCCAGUUGUGGAAGGCACAAGUACAAUUUCACCGAUAAACCAGGCUACGCAUGACCAGGCAGUGGUGCUACAAAAUGCCCUACAAAACAUUCCUAAUCCAACUUCAGAAUGCAUGCUAAGAAAUGUAGCAAUACGUCUUGCACAGCAAAUAUCUGAUGAGGCUUCAAAAUACAUCCCUGAUAUCUGUGUUAUCAGGGCAGUACAAAAAAUUGUCUGGGCAUCAGGCUGUGGGUCAGUUCAGCUGGUUUUCAGCUCAAAUGAGGAAAUUAGUAAAAUCUAUGAAAAGACAAAUGCAGGAAAUGAACCAGACCUAGAAGAUGAACAAGUUUGCUGUGAAGCACUGGAGGUGAUGACCCUGUGUUUUGCUUUGAUUCCAACGGCACUGGAUGCACUCAGUAAAGAAAAGGCAUGGCAGACGUUUAUCAUUGAUUUACUGCUGCACUGUCACAGCAAAACUGUUCGUCAGAUGGCACAGGAGCAAUUCUUUUUAAUGGCUACGAGGUGUUGCAUGGGACAGAGACCUCUCCUGUUCUUCAUUACCCUGCUGUUUACUGUUCUAGGGGCAAGCAGCACAGUUGAUUUCCAUUUGAAUCAGAGUACUGCAAGAGAGAGAGCUAAGCAUUCUGGAGACUACUUCACUCUCCUAAGACAUCUUCUUAACUAUGCUUACAACAGUAAUAUUAAUGUACCCAAUGCUGAAGUUCUUCUCAAUAAUGAAAUUGACUGGCUUAAGAGGAUUAGGGAUGAAGUAAAAAGAACAGGGGAAACAGGUGUUGAAGAAACUAUUUUAGAGGGUCACCUUGGAGUAACAAAAGAGUUGUUAGCAUUCCAGACACCUGAGAAGAAAUACCAUAUUGGUUGUGAAAAAGGAGGUGCUAAUCUCAUUAAAGAGUUGAUAGAUGAUUUCAUCUUCCCAGCAUCCAAUGUUUACCUACAAUACAUGAGAAAUGGAGAAUUGCCUGCUGAGCAGGCCAUACCAGUCUGUAGUUCACCAGCUACUAUUAAUGCUGGCUUUGAGCUCCUAGUUGCACUAGCAGUUGGAUGUGUGCGAAAUCUCAAACAGAUAGUAGACACGUUGACUGAAAUGUAUUACAUAGGUACAGCAAUCACUACUUGUGAAGCUCUUACAGAAUGGGAAUAUCUACCACCUGUUGGGCCUCGACCACCAAAGGGAUUUGUAGGGCUAAAAAAUGCUGGUGCCACUUGUUACAUGAAUUCUGUCAUUCAGCAGCUGUACAUGAUUCCAGCCAUCAGGAAUGGGAUUCUUGCCAUUGAAGGCACAGGCAGUGAUGUAGAUGAUGACAUGUCUGGGGAUGAAAAGCAGGACAAUGAGAGCAAUGUUGACCCACGAGAUGAUGUGUUUGGGUACCCACAUCAGUAUGAAGACAAACCAGCACUGAGUAAAACAGAAGAUAGGAAAGAGUACAAUAUUGGAGUUUUGAGGCAUCUCCAAGUAAUUUUUGGUCAUUUAGCAGCUUCCAGGCUACAGUACUAUGUACCAAGAGGGUUUUGGAAACAAUUUAGACUUUGGGGUGAACCUGUAAAUCUACGUGAACAACAUGAUGCUUUAGAAUUUUUUAAUUCCUUGGUGGACAGUUUAGAUGAAGCUUUAAAAGCUUUGGGCCAUCCAGCAAUGUUAAGUAAAGUUUUAGGAGGGUCCUUUGCUGACCAGAAGAUUUGUCAAGGAUGCCCACAUCGGUAUGAAUGUGAGGAAUCCUUCACAACUCUGAAUGUAGAUAUAAGAAAUCACCAAAACCUUCUUGAUUCUUUGGAACAGUACGUCAAAGGAGAUUUAUUGGAAGGUGCAAAUGCGUAUCAUUGUGAAAAAUGCAACAAAAAGGUUGAUACAGUGAAACGCUUGUUGAUUAAGAAGUUGCCUCCAGUUCUUGCCAUCCAGUUGAAACGAUUUGAUUAUGACUGGGAAAGGGAAUGUGCAAUCAAAUUCAAUGAUUAUUUUGAAUUUCCACGAGAACUGGACAUGGAGCCUUACACGGUGGCAGGUGUAGCAAAAUUGGAAGGGGAUGACGUGAAUCCUGAAAAUCAGAUAAUACAAAAUGAACAGUCGGAAAACGAACACUCUGGGAGCACAAAAUACAGGCUUGUGGGUGUGCUUGUGCACAGCGGCCAGGCCAGCGGCGGACAUUACUACUCCUACAUCAUCCAGAGGAACGGUGGAGACGGUGAGAAGAACCGGUGGUAUAAAUUUGAUGACGGAGAUGUGACAGAGUGUAAAAUGGAUGACGAUGAAGAAAUGAAAAAUCAGUGUUUUGGUGGAGAAUACAUGGGAGAAGUAUUUGAUCACAUGAUGAAGCGCAUGUCCUACAGACGCCAGAAGAGGUGGUGGAACGCUUACAUUCUUUUUUAUGAACGUAUGGACACAAUAGACAAAGACAAUGAACUAAUAAAAUAUAUUUCAGAAAUAGCUAUCACCACUAAACCCCAUCAGAUUAAAAUGCCAUCAGCCAUCGAGCGAAGUGUGAGGAAGCAGAACGUGCAGUUCAUGCACAAUCGGAUGCAGUACAGCCUGGAAUAUUUCCAGUUCAUAAAGAAGUUGCUUACUUGUAAUAGUGUCUACCUAAAUCCUCCUCCAGGACAAGAUCAUCUGUUGCCUGAAGCAGAAGAAAUAACUAUGAUUAGUAUUCAGCUUGCUGCUAGAUUUCUCUUCACCACAGGAUUUCAUACAAAGAAAAUAGUCCGUGGCCCUGCUAGUGAUUGGUAUGAUGCAUUGUGCAUCCUCCUUCGUCACAGCAAGAAUGUACGCUUUUGGUUUGCACACAAUGUCCUUUUUAAUGUUUCAAACCGCUUCUCUGAGUACCUUCUGGAAUGCCCUAGUGCAGAAGUGAGGGGUGCAUUUGCAAAACUUAUAGUAUUUAUUGCACAUUUUUCAUUGCAAGACGGACCAUGUCCAUCACCUUUUGCCUCUCCUGGACCUUCCAGUCAGGCUUAUGAUAACUUAAGUUUAAGUGAUCAUUUACUGAGAGCGGUACUAAAUCUGCUAAGAAGGGAAGUAUCUGAACACGGGCGCCACUUGCAGCAGUAUUUCAACCUGUUUGUGAUGUAUGCCAAUCUAGGUGUAGCAGAGAAGACACAACUUCUGAAACUAAAUGUUCCUGCAACCUUCAUGCUUGUGGCUCUGGAUGAAGGUCCAGGCCCUCCAAUUAAAUACCAGUAUGCUGAACUGGGGAAGCUGUACACAGUCGUGUCACAACUGAUCCGUUGCUGCAACGUGUCAUCGAGGAUGCAGUCUUCUAUCAAUGGUAAUCCCCCACUUGCCAACCCUUAUGGUGAUCCUAAUUUAUCUCAGCCUAUAAUGGCACUUCAGCAGAACGUAGCAGACAUUCUGUUUGUGAGAACUAGUUAUGUGAAGAAAAUUAUUGAAGAUUGCAGCAACUCUGAAGAGACCAUCAAGUUGCUUCGUUUCUGCUGUUGGGAGAACCCUCAGUUCUCUUCCACAGUCCUCAGUGAACUACUUUGGCAGGUUGCAUAUUCAUAUACAUAUGAGCUUCGACCUUAUUUGGAUCUGCUUCUGCAAAUCCUGUUAAUUGAGGACUCUUGGCAAACUCACAGGAUUCACAAUGCACUUAAGGGAAUCCCAGAUGACAGGGAUGGACUAUUUGACACCAUUCAGCGCUCGAAGAAUCAUUAUCAGAAAAGAGCUUACCAGUGUAUAAAGUGCAUGGUAGCUCUCUUCAGCAACUGUCCUGUAGCUUACCAGAUCCUUCAGAGCAAUGGAGAUUUGAAGAGAAAAUGGACCUGGGCAGUAGAAUGGCUUGGAGAUGAGCUCGAGCGUAGACCAUACACUGGCAAUCCCCAAUACACCUACAAUAAUUGGUCUCCACCAAUACAGAGCAAUGAAACAUCAAAUGGCUACUUCCUAGAGAGGUCACACAGUGCUAGAAUGACUCUUGCAAAGGCUUGUGAACUCUGCCCAGAGGAGGAACCAGAUGAUCCUGAUGCCCCAGAUGAACAUGAGUCUUCUCCACCUGAAGAUGCCCCACUGUAUCCCCAUUCACCUGGUUCCCAGUAUCAACAGAAUAACCACGUGCAUGGACAGCCAUAUACGGGCCCGGCAGCACAUCAUAUGAACAACCCUCAGCGAACUGGCCAACGAGCACAAGAAAACUACGAAGGCAGUGAAGAAGUUUCCCCGCCUCAGACAAAAGAUUAGUGAAAUGCACAUAAUCAAUUAACUUGCUCCAUCAAGACUGUGCACCCAGGCCUUACAGUCCAACCUUUCUCUGUGUCUGGCUAAUAUUUAAAACUAGAAAAACUAUUCCUAAUCAACAUGGAGUGGAGAGUCUAUUCACUGUCUUAUCUGCAGAAAAUUUGCUGUCAAUAUAUAACCCGCCUGCAGUGGAAAGUGUAUAGUGUUUUGUAAUAAAUGGCCUGAUGCUAAUGUGUAAAUGGCAAAGGUGUAUAUAGUAUAUUAAUGUUUGACUGUUAAUUCUUGAGCAAGAAACAUUUUUUUUUGUCUUGAUGAGACUCACAGAUCUACAAAAACAAAAAAAUAAUUUCUUGAUAUAUCUGCUGCGCUCUGCAACCAGUGUUGCCUGCCUCAUGGCAGUUGGAUCAACUCCUUUAUGAAAAAGCCUAUCCAUGUCAACCACAAAAAUAGUUUCAUGUUAAUUCUUUGCCACUGGAGUCGAUUUUACUAUGAGCAACGUAAUGGCUGGUAACCUUUUAAUUAUUUGGUUGAUGUGGAAAAUUGGUGAUGUAACAUUGUUUCUAGAUCUUUUUUCAUUGCCUUUUUCAUUCUGGUAUUAGGUUAAUCACUUUGAAGCUAUAGUUAUGCUGUAACAUUUAGCAUGGCUUCACACCAAGUUAGUGUAGCCAAUGAGGGGAAAAAAAAAAACAAAAACAAACGUGACAGCAGUUGUCCCAAUGUGACAACUGUAUUGCUCAGAACUUUUUCUUCUUACACCUAGACUAUAAAAUGGGGAGGGAAAAUGUGACAAACAAGUGGUUUUCAGUUUCACAUAUGUUCCUCACAUCUGAUGUUUGACAGUUCUCUCUCUGGGUGGGAUAAAGAACACUUAGUUUUCAGUAAUAGGAAUUUAAAAGAUUUAAAACAAAUAUGCAAAAAUUUGCUAUGCCAGGAUGCCUGGAGCAUAAUAGACUGUAUUUGGUGUGCUUGUUUUGUUUCUUUGGUAGAGCUUAUUAGAUAAAUUUCUAACACUUUCCUUCUACUGCAUCCCAGUGAAGUGGAAGUCAACAAAAUCACAGAGUACUUGUGAGUGCCACUGCACCAAGUUAACUUGCUGGUUUUCUGCUCGUUCACAGUUCUACUUGAAAGCGAGAAUUGUCUUAGCUCUUUAUCCAUUAUACAGAAAAUCUUAACAUUAGAAGCAGGGUUUAAAGAUAAAAGAAACUACUGGUUAGUCAAAUACAAUUCUGAGGUAUCUCUAUUCCAGAAUAAACAUUUGUUUAAAGACUUAAAGAAACGCAUCAGUAAAUACUGUAUUUAAAUGAAAAUUGGUAACUUGAAUGUGUGUAAUUUUUUUGGAACCUGUCUAAAAACCAAAUACCCCUGCAAAACAGAUACAGCCCACCCUAUACUAUUUAAAUAUUUUGCUGUUUUAUUUUAUAGAAAUUAUUUUGCUGAAUUCACAAAUAGAUUUGAUUUAAGAAGAAUGUUUUGUCCUGUGGUGUGUGUUGUUUUUUGGGGUUUUGUUUUUUAAUGGACUGCACAGAAAGGUGAAUUCUGUGCAGUGGCACUAUGCUGAAUUCUGGAACAACAGUCACAUUGAGAUUCUGUGCACAAAAAAAAAAAAAUUGGCCCUUAAGAAUAAAAUAAUCAGGACAAUUACACUGUAAAAGUUUCUUAAUGUGAUUUAUCUUGUACUUUUUGUAUGUUUUUAUAUAUACAUAUAUAUAUUUAAGAGCACAAGCUUGAUGGUGUUUUUUACAAAUGAGUUGAUAGAAACAAAGCUGCUUAUCAAAUUAAAGGUCUGUAGUUUUGAAAUGAACAAUGGCAAAUCCAGUUGCAAGUGCAUUCUUAGGCAUUUAGUGUAACAAGGGAGGGACACAGAAGAUUUUUGAAUAUGCUUGUGUAGUGAUGAUCACUUUUAUGCUUCCAUGUUUUUCCUAGUGCUAAAAUUAAUUCAGAUUUUUUCAUAGUUUUUUAGUAACACCAUUUUACCUGGACUUAGUAAAUUUGAAUAAAGUGUUCCCAUUUAUGUUUGGGAAUGCUUGUUGGAGGUUUUAACUAAAAAAAAAUUCUACCCUGAGUUCUCAAGUUGAAAUAGUUCAUAUUUAUUUGGACCAGUAAUUGUUAAACAAGCUAUCUCAGAGGCAAUUAUUACAUAUUUUUUACUAUAUAGGUAAAAUAUAUAAUGUGCUAGUUCAGCCUUGCCAAAUGUGUUUGCUUUUAAUAGUGCAAUGAUUGUAGAGACAUGUCAAACCUGUGACACUUUAAGGCUGUGGCUUUCUUCAGCCGUACCCACCCCUGUCCCUGAACUGGGAAUGGCUGCAGUGGCAGUUGUUUUUUUGAGGCAGCAAAUUGAGAAUAUUGUGCAUCUUUGUGACGUGAAGAAGGAUAAGCCCGUCUUGUUUGCUGCAGCUGCUGCUUUUAGAACAGGUGUAAGGUGCAAUGUUUUCUUCACUCUGGGCAAAACAGUUUUGAAUUGUACUUAACAAAUACUGUACAAGCAAAAAGUUUGAUAUGCAUGUUACUGGUGCAGCAUCUUGGCAGGUGAUUUUCAGGCGACACACCUGGUGAUACCUCGUUGGUGAUGGCACACACUUUAAAGCAGUCGUCCUCAAAGUGCCUAAAGAUUUAAUUCCCCCCUCACUAAUUUCAGUCCUGUUUUUCUGUUCAGAACAGUUUCUAGGGAAUCUCUGGUCUUCCAUAAAACGAGCCAAUAAAUAGUAAAGCAAUUACUCGUGUUCCUGGCAGUGUAACACGGAAUACAUAGAAACUGAGAAUCCAUAGGUGAUGUUAAAUGGGGUUUAAUGUGUAGUUUGACCUCAAGGGUCAAACUUAACCCCUACUACUACUCUUGUGCGUUUGGAUUGUGGUUGUUUAGUGACUAAAAUAAGCUUUUUAACACUUGCUACUUGUCAGUGUUAAAAAUAGUACAGCCAUAUAUAAAAGGAGUUCAGUCACUGUUGGCGUAUCAGUAAAUGUGCUACGUUUCAGUCACAGAGUUGGUCACCUGCACCUGUGUUACCCUUUGACAACAAGGAGAUGGCUCAGGGUUCAGUCAGAGCUUGUUUGUCCUGCAGGACCCGAUCUCGUGGUGAUGGACAAGCAGAACAGGACUCUGCUUGACUUGGAAUUUUUUACAUUAUUCUCCCUGCUGACUGCCAGCUCUGAAAAUUCGAGUUCUCUGUUUUUCAAGCUGGUGUAUCUUACUGAAAUGGAGCCAGAAAGAAAAUAAAUUCCCCAAUGACAUUUCUCUUUUUUUUUUUUUCCCCAAAGUGAAACUUCAGACAACAUGAGAGAUUUGUGUUAUCAUAAUUGCUGUUAUGCCUUCUCAGCCACUUUGUUGUGCCUAGCUUGUGUGUUUUAGCAUAUGUAUCAUGAAAAAGCACUUAUGGUUCCAAAACUUCCUAUAUAUUUCCUGAGCUCCAGGAGAGAAUGAGAUUAGCCAUUCUGCCAAAGCUAAAAUGGGCAAAAAUUGGCUGCUGUAGCAAUUUCCUCCAUUUUUGGUUUCAAUAAAUUUUGUCUACCUCUGAGUCUUUUGCCAGAAAGGCUGAUAAACUGUGUCAUGGCAAAGUGGCUCAAUGUUUUUGUUGGUGUGAGUUGCAGUUACUGGGCAUUGCAGGGAGGCUUUCAGUGCAAUGGAUUUAACUUCAAAUGAAAGCUAAAGACUGACUGUAGAAAUUAGGGGAACAAGUGGCAUGUUAGUAAAUUUGAAGAGUAACCAAUUAAGUGUUUAAAUAUCUUAACUAAACCUUGUUAGUUCACACUUGCGAAUACACAUUGAAAGCAAAUUCCUCCUAGUGAUCAAAGACACACACCUUAAUUUUUGGGAGGGUGAGAUGCUGAUGCUUAUCUCACAUUUCUUAAGACAGGUGAGGGAGUUUCCCUUUUAUGGCCCAGCUUCAGCACAGUGUAAUCAGGACAACAGUAAUUUUUGGCUCCCCAUCUUCUUACUUUCUAUGCUCUCCAUCAUGUUCAUGAUACCACUUUUUUCACAGCCAUGAGGUCUUGGGAACAAAGUCCUGCCUUCUAUAGGGCCAGGCAAGACAGGCUUUCUGGGGAGCAGUAGGAGCUGUCUUGUACGUGCUGUGUGCUGCACAGUGGUGCUGCAGGAACAAAGCAAGGGCAGAGCAACCCAGCUGCUUCCUCCUGCAGGGUUUCUGAUCCUCUUCCAGGUGGUCUCAUGAAGAGGACAACAGCAAGCCCCUCUUUUAGGCUCAGUGCACUUUCUCCUGGUUUGCAGCUGGGAUCAGAGCACACUGGAGCAGUGACCUCCCUGUGUGUGCCCUCUGUGCCAUUCCAGGGUGUCCAUGUCCCUGCCUUCUCGUGGUCUUUGGGGAUUGUCAUGUCAGUUCAGUCACUUACACUGGGACUUGCCCUCUAUUCCAGCCUGGACAGCUGUACUGGGCUGGAAGGGCUUUAACCAACCCCAGCACUGUCACUUUUCACACUGUGGAGCUUUGUAAGGUUCACAGCAUAAAUGCCCUUUUAUUUCUGAGUCAGCUCCCUCGGGGUGACUGUUUUAAAGUGUCAGUAGCCAUUCCUUUGUCCUUUUCUACUGGAGCAACUGCUCAGUCCCACUCCUGCAGUGUGUGUUAGGGUAGGCUGUUCGUGGAAUUGUGUUGAUGUAUUUUCCAGCCGUUAAAUUCAGAAAUCCUCAUCCUGUAAUCUGAUUUUCUAAUGCAAGUUGUGAUGGAUCCCUGGAUUUCAACAGCAUUUGUGCAAGUUCAGUUGAUUUAAGCACUGCAGGAAUGGAAGUUGGUGACGUGUUGCAGGGGUCAAGCCAGAUCAGUCAGUGGGUGGCACAAAAGACAGAUCUCUCUCUUGUUUGCAGACAGUGAAAUCAAAACAAGAACGAGGGAAUGAGUUUCUGAAGGAGAAAAACACUCUCCUGAAUAAGGGCUAACUUUUCAUUGGAUUUUUAAAUACCCAAUUCCGUAUUUUUUAGCUUUAGAAUUCCUUAGAGCCACUUUUUGAUAAUAAAACUGACCUACAGGCUGUUUCCUUGGAAGAAUUAAUAUAGCCUUAAUCACAUCAGCACAAUUCUGAAGUGACAGGGUCAUUCUUCAGUGGUCAAAAUAAUGUGCAAAAAAUGUCUCCUAGUCUUUAACCAUGAGCUAACCUUGAGGAAUGGAAAUAAGAGAAAAAAGGGUCUGUGAAUUCGUCCAAAAUCUAAUCAUAGAAAAAUAAGAUCGUUCCCUUCUUCUCUGUCUCUGUACUAUUCAAAAUGUCUGGUAGUGUUAAUUUUUGUUCUUAAGUUUGCAACAGCUAUCCCAGUAACUUGGUUUGUGUUGCCCAAAGUGGUGUCAGCUGCACAGUCUGCAGCAUCCUGAUGGGUUUAGUCCUCACCAGAGGAAAGCCUUUAAAUGUUUGGGUUUUUUCCCCAAAUCCACAUUUCCAUUGUGAUGUGCUGUUUCUGUUUCCAUACAAUGCCCAGGGCUGGAAGAAUGCUUUCCAAGUGUGGUUUCACCUGAGCCAUUAAGCGAGCAGUUCUGUUCCCUUGCUGUAGUGACACCUCUGUAGGUGCAGCUUUUAAAGGUAUCGGCCUUCUUUUCGUAGCUUUAUUUAUUGAAAUGCUGCUCAGUUCUUGUCCCUCCACCCCUAAAUUCCUGUCCAUCAUUUCUUGUGAUUCUUUCUUACAGAAUUUUUCCGCUCUGGAUUGUAAAGGUCAUUUUUAUAUUUAAUAUUUUUGUAUUUUCUUGGAAUCAAAUCCCUUCACUUGCCAUGAUGUUGUUUACCUCCUUUUUUUUCUUUUACUUACACCUGUUGUCCUGCUGUUUGCUGCUGCAAAAAAAAAAAAAAAAAUGCUUGCCAGGCAGCCUCCAAAGCAGAGCUUUUUACUGUGCAGUAGCAGCAGCCUUGACCCAGGUGGGCUUUGUCAUCUCUCAAAUCUCCUCGUAAUUUGUGUGGGAUUGGAAAGCUUUGUGCUACUGAUGGCAGCCAGGAAUUCUAAUAGCUUGUGGCUUAUUGGGUUUCUUCAGUUGAUUAGUUGGUUGGGUUUUUUUCCCCCUUCAUUUUCUAUCUUGAACAGUUGGUUUGUACAGGUGAACAAAACCAGUAGGUUUUGCUGGAAUCUACUCUGGAAAAGAAGGCUGAUUGAAAAUGUGGACACUUAAUAUACUUGAUUGUAUUUAAAUAUCUGGUAGGUGCUUUAAAGUCCUCAGAAGGUCUUCUGGAAGCAAAUUCUAAAGCUUAGAAAUGUGAAGACUAGGUCUUCAGGAUUUAGUGAUAGAAAUUCUAUCAGCCUCCCCUGUGCGUGGUUAGGGACAGGUGAAAUAGCAGAAAUGGGAGUAUUUCCCUGAAGGGAGAGGUCAUGCUCUGUGAAAUCCCUGGGGAACUGGAAAUGGGCUUUUCUCUGGCCCCACACACCCACUGGCAGCAGCUUGUGAGCCCUCCCGGUGUGAACUGUCCUGAACCACAGGAUCCCCGGGAACCGAGGAGCUGAUUCCUGGCAGGAACUUGAGAUUAAGUAGCAUGUAAAGCAUUUUCUAUCCUUUUUCUCCUCUUAAGAUCUGUACCAAGUCGAAUCCUCUGAGCAAAUACAGGGAGUGGGCUGAGUGAGGGGCUUCCCCAGCUGCCUCUGUGAAUACUUUCUACCUCUUGACGUUCUUUGCCGGCUGUUCCGCCGGGAGCGGCUCCAGCAGCGCGGGAGCUGCUGUGGGUCGGGCCAGCACAGGUGCACAAAGACCUGGUGGGGCUGUUUGCUGGGCAGGCACGGGCAGUCCCUGCCUCCCCUGGGGAUGUACGGGAUCAUUUGGGGUACCUGUGUUUGCAUCAAAGUGGAGGAACUGGCAUUUUUCAGGUGGCACCACAUGGACUCACAAACACUCCUUACUCAGCCUCUCGUGCUGCCUCAGUUCCCGUGUGGAGUAGCAUCAAAUCCGUUCACAACUAAUGUUCAAAUAAUGGAACUGUAGGGAGGAACUUGGGUUUCCAGCUGGGUUUAGAAAGGGAGGGAUGUGGGAGUGUGAAAAGCCAGGGUUCUGCAGAUCAACCCAGGUGUUUAUCUAGAAUAAAAAAAUGUUUCUGAUUGCUACUGUGGUUGUGUGUAAGACUGAAAUGCUGAAAGAGAACUGUGUAACCCUCCCACUCCGAGUCUGAGAGAGACCUGGCAUUGGCUUUCUGAACACUUCUGCAACCUGAACCAAAAACCUGCUGUGGGAAUGUAGACUUACCAUAGAGUUGUGGAAGAAAACUUCAAUCGUGUCACUUCUCUCGGUCUUCAGAGCAGUCAACAUGGUUUUGAUGUAGGUUUUAGAUUAUGUAUAUAUAAAUCUUAUUGAAGUACCAACAGCAAACCAUAAAUAAAAUGUGGACUUAAUUGAAGAA